AUGGAGAUGAUCUAUACAACCACCUUGCCAAAUGCCUCCAACACAGACGGGGGCCACUGCCACGAGCACUGCAGAGCGAUUCUGCUAAUAUUCUACAGCAUGGUUUUGCUUGGAGGUACGACUGGAACAAUCAUGAUGUUGCGUAUCAUGUUCAAAAGGAAUAGUCACUCGAUGAUGUCCACAAUCAUCCUCAACAUCAUUGUGCUGCACGCCGUCCUCCUGGUCAGCCUUCCCUUCCGCCUCAGCUACUAUGGCUUAGUUGUCUGGGAGUUUGGAUCCUUUACCUGCAGAGUGGUUAGCAGCAUCAUAUACGGUCAUAUGUACUUUACCUUUGUUUUCUACGUGGCCAUUGUUGUACUCCACUUACUCAUCUAUUUUAAGAAACUCCAAAUGCAACAGUUGCAAAAGUACCAUGCGGUAGUUUUGAGCAUUACUAUUUGGGUGGUGGGUAGCCUCAUUUUUUUGCCAAUAUUAUUUUUACAAUACGGCAUAGAUCCAAGUUACUCAGAACAACAACGAUGCUUUGAGUUCUACAAAGAUCUCAGCCAGAGGGAAUUCAUCAUUAUGAAUUACUCUAUGAUUGUCAUUAUGAUGACGACAGUUGUGACCCUCUUUCUGAUGCAGGUGGCUGUCAUCAUUCAACUGGUGAAGGCUUUUUGGCCUGACCUGUGGGCCCAUCAAGAGUAUAGAGCCCAAAUCAAGAGUUUCUUCUUCCUCCUAGUAAUUGUUGUCUGUUUUAUACCCCACCAUGCAUUCCGGGUGCACUUUAUUCAAAAGUAUUCAGAGAGAGAAAAUUCUGAGUUAGUUCUUUAUAAUGAAGUUUGCGUUGCUCGAACUACUGUCUGUUGCCUGGAUAUGCUGUGUUUCGCCAGUGGAAUUAUCCAUUAG